CAGCCAUUUGCUUACAAACAAGCGCGAAAUUUCAUGGCAUGCACCAUCUGCUGUAGUAACUUCCUUUACGUAAUUUACUGACAAACAGGAAUUGUGAUUCUGUUCACUUACGGCUAGCGUGCAUUCACCUGUUCGUGAGGUUAUCACGCAUCAAAAGUUAGGCAGAAAGGAGCGAUGUGAAAUCUACAUUGUUUGCAGUAACGUUAGACUAGGUUAUCGUUUGCAACACUGUUACUAGUGUAGUUCACAAGCAAAGCGACGUUACUCUUAUUCCAGUAAUCGUAUUGUUUUGGAAGACAGCUAUUCGGCCCCAGUCGUAGCUAAGCUAGAUAGCUUAGGUCUGAACGUGAAAAUGAUUAAAAACAAACGGAAUAAAAAUACGGUUGGAAUAAAUGCUGGUCAAAAGAAGAUCGCCUCAUUUUUGUGGUCUAAUAAGAGUCCAGAUCCAAAGGAGAAGAGAUUUCAUGACGGCCCUGGUGUAGCUGCGAAAUCUAUGGUCCUUAGUCUCUUGGGGGACAGUGAUGAAGAAGAGGCCCAAAACCUCCCACCUUCCUUGGGGCUUUUGUCUGUACCAGAGACUCCUGAGAACCAGGUAGGGCCCUCCUGUUCAUUGCGGGAGCCUUUGCAGGAGGUGUUUCCUCUUCCAGUUUCCUCUUCCUUUUGCUCUGGCCAGAGGCAGGCCAAGAGGGCUGCAUCUGGGAUUCCAGCACUACAAUGUGGGAAAAGAGGGCAGAUGGCUCCAACAUUGUUGACUUUGCAGAACAGUUUGAUGAAGAGCACUUCUGUUAAGCGGCUGCUGCACAGUCCUGAGGAAGCACAGAAGGGGAAAGCCAAGCGACUGAAAGCAGCUUCGGUAAAGAGGCCCUCUGGCAGAAAUACCACGCACGUCCCUCGACUGGAUGACUUCUUGGACGAGUGCUUGUAUGUGAUUGGCGGCUCAGCUGGGCAAGCCAAGCGGGAACCGUGCUCUAAGGCCAAAGAUUCCGACAUCAAGGCCAGUAAACCCAGACCCAAAUCCCACAUGUUGAUGCGGGAAGAGGUGCCUGUGCUUGAGUCAAUGAGUAUUGUAUCACCAAACGCCGCCAACCCCUUUCAGGUUAAUGCUUCUUGCUGCAGCUCAGAUUAUGAUGCAAGAAGGACUUUUACUAUAAUUUCUGACCAAAAGGUGGAUACUGAUCUACUGAGUAUUUCUCAUCGGAUUCCUUGCAAUCCACAGACUACCUUACACAGUGUAGUGAAACUAUGUGCUAAAGAGGCCAGGGUGGGCAAGGGUGCAGGAGAUGAUCAGCAGGGGCCUAUUGGAAACAAGGGGGCUGUUGGGGAAGGUGGCUGUUUGCAAGAUGGAUGUGGGGAAACUGGUGAGAUUGGCUCAAAGGAUGACAUCGGAGUAAUGGAAGACUGCUGGUUUGAUGACGACAUGGAGCUCAGCAAAGAAAAGGAGAAGUCCAUGAAACAAAGAGACAUUCCAGACCACGCAAUCCUGUCCACUGGACUUCACAACAGAUACUGGGUUCUUGGGGUGGAGUGUUCUGGUCAUCCAAGUUUUCCAGAGAAGCAUUUGACUGUCACGGCUUCAAAGACCGCUAUGCCCACAGAGCUUGUCAUUUUAAAAGAUGGCUGGGAGUCUACUCCUGUUGCUGUGGGCAAUAUAGUUCACCUGGAGGGGCAAUGCAUUUCCGGUACCUGGACAAUUGACCAGGCAUCAGGAUUCUUGGUUCUGACGCCCGACCUGUUGAUAUCUGGCACCAGCAUUGCUAACAGCGUCCGCUGCAUGAGACGUGCAGUGCUUGGGGAAAGGUUCAAGGCUUUUGACGGUGGUUCCAGACAGAUGCUCAAUGGAACGAUUGUUCAUGAGAUCUUCCAGAAGGCGGCAAUGUCACGAGACUUCUCACUGGAAAUGUUACAACACUUCGCCUCCCAGGCACUUCUUGGGCCUCAGUACCUUGGAGAAAUGUAUAGCCUCAAACUGACUGAAGUGGACAUGCAGCAGGGAAUUCAAGAGUAUUUGCCCUCUCUGUCAGACUGGGCAAACUCUUACCUUAGUGGUUCGCCACAGGCCCGAAGCAAACAACUGACAAUUCAUCUACCUAGCGAGGGGAGGUUAAGCAAGCAGGAUGGUGCCUGCAGCGUGAUUAUCACUGACUUUGUGGACAUUGAGGAGAACAUCUGGUCACCACGCUUCGGUCUGAAAGGCAAGAUUGAUUUGACAGCAAGAGUGCGUAUCCACCACCGGGACCGGCGACCACCACAGGAGAAGAUUAUACCCCUUGAGCUUAAGACUGGCAAGGAGUCUAACUCUAUAGAGCACCGCAGUCAGGUAAUCCUGUAUACACUGAUGAGCCUGGAGAGACGCUGUGAUGCUGAGGUGGGAUUCCUGCUCUACCUGAAGACUGGCACUGUACACCCGAUUGUGGGGACCCACAUGGAUAGGAGGGAACUGGUGAAGCUGCGGAACACACUGGCAUAUUACCUUGGCAACACUGUGAUGCGAGAUGAGGGAGGAAUGCCACAUGUGGCACCCCUGCCUGACAUUUCCAACUGCCAGGCUUGCAAGUACUGCCCUCAGAUGAGAAACUGUGCUCUCUACAACAGAGCUGUGGAACAGGGCACUUUGGGAAGCCUACCUGCCCAGCCUGCCUUUGUGGAGCAGGAGACCCAGCACCUGAGAGAGGCCCACUUGCAGUACUUCCGGCACUGGGUCUUGCUCUGUGCCCUGGAGGGGCGUACCAUGGAGAGCAAGGGUGGCCGCCGAAACAUCUGGCUUCUGUCAGCUGAGGAGAGGGAGCAAAGUGGUGGAUGUAUGGGUAACCUUCUGCGGACAGGCCAAGUGAAGCCCCUCUCGGACAAUGUCUAUGUCCACUGCUUCCAGCGGCGGAGCAGGGAAAAGGCUGAGACCUGUCUGAUUGUGGGAGACAGGGUAGUGGUGAGCGACCAGCAGUUGAAGUUGAUGGCUGUAGCUACAGGAUAUGUCGCUGAGGUGACAGUUGCUGGAGUAACCUGUACACUGGAUCGGAACCUCUCAAAGUAUUCUCCUGAAACUGUGUUCAGAUUGGACCAGGAUGAAGGGGUGGGAGGAAUGGACACUCAUUUAGGAAACCUUUCCAAGCUAAUGGAGAACUCUACUAUAAGUGAGAAGCUGCGGGAGCUGAUUGUGGAUUUCCGGCCACCGCAAUUCAUUGAUUGUCUGAGCAGCAUUCUCCCACGAGAGGCCAAGGAUACAGUCGCGAACAUCCUCAAAGGCCUAAAUAAACCUCAAAAACAAGCCAUGAAGAAAGUACUGCUAUCUAAGGAUUACACACUCAUCGUAGGCAUGCCUGGAACAGGAAAAACCACUACUAUUUGCACUCUGGUUCGGAUUCUACACGCCUGCAACUUCAGUGUUCUGGUGACCAGCUAUACCCACUCUGCUGUGGAUAACCUCCUGCUCAAGCUGAAGAGGUUCAAGAUCAGCUUCUUGCGACUGGGCCGGGUCCAGAAGGUGCAUCCUGAUAUCCUGCCGUUCACAGAGGAGCAUCUGCGCCGCUCAAGAGAAAUCCACACUCUAACUGAGCUAGAGUGUCUCUACAAAAGCGAGCUUGUGGUGGCCACCACCUGCAUGGGCAUGAAGCACCCCAUCUUCAGCCGACGGCAUUUUGACUUCUGCAUUGUAGAUGAAGCAUCGCAGAUCAGUCAGCUAGUGUGCCUGGGCCCCCUCUUCUAUGCUGACCGCUUUGUCCUGGUGGGGGAUCACCAGCAGCUUCCGCCUAUUGUCCAGAACCCAGAAGCCAGGUCUCUAGGCAUGGACGAGAGUCUAUUCAAGCGUCUUGAGCACCAUAGAGAUGGCGUUGUGCAGCUGACUGUACAGUAUAGGAUGAACAGUAAGAUCAUGUCUUUGAGCAACACCCUAGUAUAUGGGGGCAAGCUGGAGUGCGGAUCCGAGCAGACCGCUUGCUCAGUGCUGCAGCUGCCCAUGCGGAUUUCCCUUGAGAAAGAUCUGGAGCUGUAUUUCAGCCAAGUGGAGCACAGUGGCUGGAUAAAAGCUGUUCUGGAGUCUGAGAACCCUGUUUGCUUUCUUGACACUACCAAGGUCCCUGCCCCAGAGACUGUGGAGAAAGGGGGGAUCAGCAACCACACAGAGGCUGCUCUUGUUCACUGCAUAGUCAGCCUCCUAGUAAAGGCUGGUUGCAGAGCAGGUGAUAUUGGAGUUAUCGCUCCCUACAGACAGCAACUGAAGGCCAUCAUAGGCCUGUUGACGACCCCAGCCUUCAGUGCAGUGGAGGUUAACACCGUGGACAAGUACCAAGGGCGGGACAAAGGAGUCAUCAUUGUCUCCUUUGUCAGAAGCAAUGUUGACGGCAAUUUAGGGGAGCUGCUGAAAGACUGGCGCAGGCUGAAUGUGGCCAUUACCCGGGCUAAACACAAACUGCUGAUGCUGGGCUCCAUCCCCACUGUGCAGCGCUAUGCCCCCCUGGAAAUGCUGUUGGCCCAUCUAGAGCGGGAGCAGAUGAUAUACCAGCUUCCUCCUGGGGCCCACAAGUCACUGCUGUAUUUUAAUCUGCACUAAUCCAUGGAACUGUGCUGACCAAUAUUAGAGGACAAGUGGCUGGCCUACAAGGACCACUUUUCUCGCAGUUUACAUACUUCACAAUUGUGGUACACUAUUUUAUAGUGAAUGACAAAUUAAAAAAGUUAUAUUACUCUGGAGCAAGACCGGAAUUAAAAUUUAUAAGAUUUUAUAUCUA